AUGGUUAUAAUCGUGUUAGUCAUUUUAUUAUUAUUAUUGGCGUUUUAUAUCUUUUUUAGCUUCCUUUUUUUCCCUUCCUUCUUGUCUAAUUUUCCUUCUUUUUUUCUUCUUUUUCUUCAAAUAUUUAUUCAUUCUGCCGUCAUUUUUCUUUCUUUUCUACCUGCAUUUUCAUUUUCUUACUUUCUUCUUUUUCAUUUCAUUCCUUCUUUUUUCCAAUACUCCUUCAUAAUGCUCUCUUUCUUUCUUGCUUCAUUGACUUCCCUUUUUGAUUCUUCCUUUUCUUUUUCCAUUUCUUUUUUUCCUUUUCUUUUUUCUUAUUUUCCACGCUUUUUCCCUUUUUCCUUUCUUUUUCUUUCCUUUUUCCUUCAUUUUCUACCUUUUCCUUUCUUUUUCUUUUCUUUUUUCCUUUAUUUUCCUUUCUUUUUUCAUUCUUUUUCCUUUAUUUUCCCCUUUUUCCUUCCUUUUUUACUUUCUUUUUCUUUCUUUUUCCUUUCUUUUUUCCUUUCUUUUUCCUAUUUUCCUUUCUUUUUCUUUCUUUUUUCCUUUAUUUUCCCCUUUUUCCUUUCUUUUUUCCUUUCUUUUUCCUUUCUUUUUUCCCUUUUGUUUUCCUUUUUUCCUUUCUUUUUCCUUUCUUUUUUCCUUUCUUUUUUCCUUUCUGUUUUCCUUUCUUGUUUUUCCUUUCUUUUUUCCUUUCUUUUUUCCUUUCUUUUUUCCUUUCUUUUUCCUUUCUUUUUCCAUUCUUUUUUCCUUUCUUUUUCUUUCUUUUUUCCUUUAUUUCCCCCUUUUUCCUUUCUUUUUUCCUUUCUUUUUCCUUUUCUUUUUUCCUUUCUUUUAUUGCCUUUUCUUUUUUCUAUAUUUUCUUUUUUCUCUUUUCCUUUUCUUUUUUUUUCUUUCUAUUUUUCUUUUCUUUGUUCCUUUGUUUUACCUUUCUUUUUUUCCUUCUUUGUUCCUUUUUCUUUUCUCUUUUCUUUUUUUUUCUUCCUUUCUUUUUUCUUUCUUUUCUUCAUACCAAUGCUUCUUCGUCCUUCCUUGAUUGUCUCUUCUUUUUCUAUAUUCUUUUUUCUUUUUCCUUCAUUCUGCCAUUCAUCUUUCAACCUCACUUUUCCAUCUGCUCCCAUCUUUACGUUUUUUCCCGCUUCUUUCUUUCAAUGGUUGAAACGUCAAUGA